UUACCGCAAAAGGAAAUCCCAUUCUGCUCCUUCUAGCGAACUAACACCACCCAUCUGACAACAUUAUUAAAUCAGCGAUCCUUCUACUGGUACAUACUUUAUAAGUAUCCGCGCGGCUGCUGGAUCUUCAUCGCCGUACGUACAGAAAUGUCCCACCGGUGCUAACGAGCUAAGCUAACGUCGAUGACGGGCGGACUUCCUCUGAGCGAUACGAUAUUUGUACGACGAGCUGGCGGGGCUUCUUCCCAUCCUGCCUAGAAUCCUGCUCAGGGGCUUUACACACUCUGUCCUCAUAGCUCUGUCAGUGUGCACAGCUGGGUCGGACUGGCCUGGUGCUUUUCAUCAGCGGGCACAAGCAGCGAAAGCCAAUGUUAGACACAGCACAGGGGUCUUAGAGCCACAUAUUCCAAAGAAUCGGUGCAUUUCCUUCCAGUAUCGAGACAACAAGUGUUCUGCAAGAGGCGAGAGUCCUCGACACAGAGCCUUGCACCCAGCGAUGCCCGGAUCCACGCCGGCCAGUAGCAAGGCUCGGGUUUACACCGAUGUCAACACACAGAAGAACAGAGAGUACUGGGACUAUGAUGCACAUAUGCCAAACUGGAGCAAUCAAGACAACUAUCAGUUGGUACGAAAACUUGGUAGAGGGAAGUACAGUGAAGUAUUUGAGGCCAUAAACAUGACCAAUAAUGAGAAAGUGGUGGUGAAAAUCCUCAAGCCCGUGAAGAAGAAGAAGAUCAAACGGGAAAUAAAAAUCCUUGAAAACCUCCGUGGAGGAACCAACAUCAUCCGUUUAGUGGACACAGUCAAAGACCCUGUGUCCAGAACACCAGCGCUUGUCUUUGAGUGCAUCAAUAACACAGAUUUUAAGGAGCUUUACCAGAAGCUGACAGACUAUGACAUCCGUUACUACAUGUAUGAGCUGCUAAAGGCUCUGGACUACUGUCACAGUAUGGGGAUCAUGCACAGGGAUGUGAAGCCCCACAAUGUGAUGAUCGACCACCAGCUCAGAAAGCUGCGACUUAUCGAUUGGGGUUUGGCAGAAUUUUAUCAUCCGGCUCAGGAAUAUAACGUCAGGGUGGCCUCCCGCUAUUUCAAAGGCCCCGAGCUGCUAGUGGACUAUCAGAUGUAUGACUAUAGUUUGGACAUGUGGAGUCUAGGCUGCAUGUUGGCCAGCAUGAUCUUUCUGAAGGAGCCAUUUUUUCAUGGGCAGGACAACUAUGAUCAGCUGGUGCGCAUCGCUAAGGUUCUUGGUACAGAUGAGCUCUUCAACUACUUGCACAAAUACCACAUAGAACUGGACACUCGCUUCAAAGACCUGCUGGGACAGCAAACACGGAAGCGCUGGGAACAGUUCAUCCAAUCUGAGAACCAGCACCUGGUGAGUCCAGAGGCUCUGGACCUGCUGGACAAGCUGCUGCGCUACGACCACCAGCAGAGGUUGACAGCUGCUGAGGCCAUGCAGCACCCAUACUUCUAUCCUGUCGUGAAGGAACACGCAAAUGCUAAUACAGAUGGCUCAAAGGCAAUAAGCAGCUCCAAUGCAACAUGAUAACCAGACAGCAGGAACAAUCUUUGUUACCUCAACUUGUGACCUUUUUGUGGCAGAACCUUCUGCCUCCACAUCAACAGCCAUACUGGAGCAAGAUGUCAGUUUUGCAGCAUCCUCAAACAUGUACGGAUUAAACUUUUCCAAACACAGCCUGGGAGAAUGUGCGCUGCCAGAGUCACAACAAAAUCAGGUCUUGAAUCAGAUGUGAACCCCCCUCCCCCCCCACACACACACACACACACUCUCACCCCCCAUCCUUCCUGCCUCUUUCAUUAAGAUUACCCUGUUUUUAAAAUGGGCAAACUGACUGUUGUUGGAUCAGUAUCAAGCUGAUGUUGUUGCUGUAAAGACAUUUGUCCAUCUUUGCGACGCUGUGGUCACCCGAGUUUCAGUUCCAGGUUUUAGCACUGAGUGGCAUGGAGGCUCUUUUCUGUUACGGAUAGAUCAAAAACUAUAUUGAAAGAGAAUAAACCAUUUUUAUUUAAA